GAGAGCGACAGCCAGGUUUAACUGUUCAGCCAGCACAGCAUGACAGGUGGGAUCCUUGCCGUGGUCCCAGAGCGGGCAGGCACACCUGUAUUCAUUGUCAACCUCCUCUCUGCUGAGGGCGACUGUCGUUGACAUCGCGGUGCCUGUUAUGUUCUGUAUGGAGGAAGGUCGGCAAACCUGUCUGUUCACAACCGUUUCUCACACAGCACUAGGAUCCAACCUGGUACCCCGAGCCAAAGCUAACAAGCACCACGACUGGUACAACAUCUGGUUGACAAAAUGUACAAUAUGGCGGAUCCGACUCAAGCUAACAUCAGCAUCGAAACGAUUGAUGUCGAUGGAGAAGAAGAAGGCGAUUAGUCUUGCCACACUCGUGAUACAGACAACGUGCCUCGUUCUAACAAUACGCUACUCCCGCAUUGCGCAUGUUAGCGGGCCACGGUACCUGACGUCGACGGCCGUCAUCCUCUCAGAGGUCAUCAAAUUACUGAUAUGUAUCAGCAUGUUGGUGUUUACAGGGGACUCAUCUCUGUCCACCAGCAGCGUGAGGGAGCAGGUUGUCGAGACCGCCCGUCUGGCCGUGCCGGCGGGGCUGUACACCCUGCAGAACAACCUGCAGUUCGUGGCCGUGUCCAACCUGGACGCCGCAACCUUCCAGGUGACCUACCAGCUGAAGAUCCUAACAACAGCCAUGUUCUCAGUCAUGUUCCUCAAACGGCAGUUGGCCAAUCUGAAGUGGGCAUCGUUGGUGCUGUUGACUGUAGGCGUAGCUCUGGUGCAGCUGCCGGUGACCCGCAGUUGUCAUGGUGACGGGUGUGUCAAUACCAUAGACACGAUGGGAAGUGCUUCCUGGGUGACGGGCCUGUCAGCUGUGAUUGCUAUGUGUCUCAGUAGUGGCUUUGCUGGUGUCUACUUCGAGAAGGUGCUGAAGUCGUCCCAACAGUCGCUCUGGAUCCGGAACGUUCAGUUAGCUGUAUCCGGGAUUAUAUUUGGUGUCCUGUGUGCCGCAUACUCCGACACAGAGGCAAUUCUCCAAGACGGGUUCUUCCAAGGCUACAAUGUACUCACGUGGCUGAUAGUCAUACAGCAGGCGGCGCUGGGGCUAGUGGUGUCGCUGGUCAUCAAGUACGCCGACAACAUCCUGAAGGGCUUCGCCUCAGCCCUCUCCAUCGUCCUCUCCUGUCUCGUCUCCUACCUCAUCCUCGGGGACCUCACCAUCAACUUUUUAUUCCUCCUCGGGGCGGCAACUGUGAUAGCGGCCACCUUCCUCUACAGUUCCGACCCCCGUCAGCAACAGAACGGUCACUCAAAAUCGGAUAUGGUAUAGAAAUGGAUCAGCCAGUCAAGGUGUUGUAUCACUGACAGUUACUUCCGAAUGAGGAACCGAUGGACAUCCGUGUUUUAUCAACGAUGGUGCUAGCCUCGAAGGCCAUGUUACAUCGACAUUCUUUACACUCACGAAGAGGACUGCUACCUAUGCUGGAACAUCGCCAGCAAGCCUACAGACAUUUCUAGUCAAACUCAGUCAAAUUGCACUGUCGGGGAAGGUUAACGCCAAAUGAAGGAUGUUCAUUCUCCAAAUAUCCGCUGCAUUCCAAAGUCCAAAGAAUUGGCCAAAGAGACACUUGAACUAAACAAAUGUACAUAGGACUCUGUACAUUGUUUAUGAUUUGGUUAUCACCAGUAUGACUGAUAGUGAAGGUAAGUGUGUUUGGUGGGCACUGUAUAUCUAGUUUGUGGUGACUGUCAUAGGUUGAAUGACGCAACAAGAUCAUGCUGCCUCACAUACUAUCAAGGUCAACACUUGUAACAUCAUGAAAUUGUAGUGAAUUGAACACUAUGUAAGACUGUAUAAGGCCAUGAAUCCCAGAAGAGCACCAUGGAACACCAUGGACCUCGACAAAACACUAUGUAACACUGUGGAUCCUAGCUGACCACUACAGAACAUCAUGGACCGAGAUGGACCACUAUGGGCCCGAUGGACCACUAAGGAACACCUUGAAACAGUUGACCAAGACAAUUGACAAAUGAAGUGGCUUAGCGAAAGGGCUUCACAACAAAUACAUUAUUUUAAGGUGAUGGCGCACUUAGUUGGGCCACACCUCAUCUGGCAAAGAAGAAAGAUACAUAACUCAUUUAAAACAAAUCAGUAAUCUGAUCCCUAGUAUUCCAUCUGUUUUGGAGAAUUUGACACCUGGGAAGAGAACAUAUCAAAAUAUUUAUCACUUCUGUCGGUUCACAAUUUCUUAAUUUCACUGAACCCAAACCAUCUGAAGAACCAACAAACAGUUUGUGGUGGCCAUGGUUGUAUUGUAUUGUGGAAUUGUAAUGUAUGUAUGCUAUAUGGUGGGCGCAGGGAGUACAGUGAAUGUGAAUGCCAGCUUCUUAUAUAUCAUUGUUGUGUCUACCAGUGUCUUUCAUGGUAUUGGUAUCUAUAAACUGAAACUACAGGAACAAAGGCAAGCAUGUGAAGGUGGUGUAUCCGCAGUGAUGACCUGUAAGUGGCAAUGGUCUCCUUCAGCUUCAUUGCUAUGUGUUCCUGGUGUUAAUCCCAUGACUAUUCUGUUUUAAGUUUUCAUAUUCCACAUAUAAUAAAUAACACAUGGGAAUAUAUAUAUAUAUUUAUUUGAAGGGGUCUUUCCAGUUUUAAUAAUACAAUUUAAUCCAAAGAUGAGAUAAGUUCCUACCUCAAUAGUCUAAUGUGAGACUGACAGCAACAACAAUUCCAGUUACAAUUUUAUCCUGUUUGAUAUUAUUAGACUGAAAACAAUUUGGAAUGUAGGAAGUUUUGAAAAUAGCUCUCACAGACCCACACACCUUGUAAACGUUCCCGUCCAUUUGCAUUGUUAUGUAUCUCAUUCAACUAUAUUUAUUGUCAUGAUGUGUCAAAUCUAUACUGUCAGUAUAUUACAUUAAUUAUACUAUCCUAAAUAAACCUGUUAUCAUUAUAA